AUGUUAUUCUUCUUAACUAUCCAAUAUUUUAAUGAAACAUUCGAAAAUGAUCAACCGAAUAAUAAAUGGAAUAUAAUAGGUGAAUCUGAGAAAUUAGAAAUUGCUCAGUGCAGCGCAUCUUUUCAAUUUUUAAUUCGAAAUUGCUUACAUGUUAAUAAUACAGACAAAAGAUUUCAUGCUUCUGCAGAAAUGAAGACAGAAAUUACAAGUACCCCGUUUUUAGUUCAAUUUACUGCAAAAACUCAAAUGCCAACAACUGGUUCUUUAAUUUCACUUUCAAUGUUAAAUGGCGAAGAAUCAGAAGUUGAACUAACACUUACAUAUUCAGAUGAUGAUCCUCAAUAUGCAUUUAUCGAUUCUUCCCAAAAUAAAACUAUCGGAAAUAUAACACACGAACGUGAUUUAACGCAUCACAUUACUUUAGUUGUGAACACAGAUAACACCUAUUAUAUUUAUGCUAAUGGAAUUAUCCUCAAAGGAGGAGUUUUGUCGAAACCAAUCAAAUUCCCACUCAACAAGGUCGAACUUCUUGUUGAAAAUGGAAAUACUACAUCUCAAAUAGGUAAUAUUAUUGUUACUAGUGAUAUUAAGGAUAGAUAUCCUUUAUUAAUCAGUACUUUUCUACAAUUUCGUCAAAUAGAGAGACUAGAUCGUCUCAGAGUAAUUGUCGAUGCAGAAGAAAUGCGCCUCUUUGAUGGAACACCAAUAGAUGAGCCUCUUGAUCGAGAAGAUGAAUAUGGAGUACCAUUAGAGUUUAGUAAAGCAGAUCCACGAAACUUUAAUUUCCCUUUCAAGUUAGAACGACCAAAGGAACGUCUUUCAAAGCUUAAGGAAGCCCAGAGACCAUCAACUCUCGAUAAAAGAAUGCAAAAGAAGGACUUUGAUCCAUUAGCUAACAGUGAAACUCAAGAAAGAGCUGAAUUGUAA